AUGCGCCUUCCUACCUCAAGAGUGGGGUGGUUGUCCCUCCUCCCUCCUCUUCAGGGGGCGGGCGGGAGCCCAAAAAUAGCCACGCGCAGCGGUGUUUCUUGGAAUCCAGAUGCCAAGCUAUUUUACAGUGGCGACCCAUGCCAAGGGGCACCCUGCUUGCCUUCAGGGUGCCCUGGGUUUCUUGGGUGUCGAUGGUUCUGCUAUGGGAGGCGUGACGCUCCCACGCCAGAAAUCCAUGGACGUCCUGGGGUCUCAGGGCGGGGGUUCUUGUGGAAGGGUUCUUGUGGACUGGCCUCCACUGUAUGCGCCUUCCCACUUCAAGAGUCGAGCGCUUGUCCCACUUCCCUCCUCUUCAGGAAACGGGCGGAAGUCCAAUCUAUUUCCAACGCUUCCCUAUUUCAUGUUUCUAUAAUAUACAGAGAGAGAGAGAGAAAGAAAGAGAGAAAGACAAACGGAAAACACCACAAAAAAACACCACCAACACAUAGGAGCCUGCACUCCCCGAUCGUCGGCCCGCUGUACCGUCCGCCCUGGGUCGUCGGCGGCAUCCACAACCCCACGCUGGACCCCAUCAAGCACUUCAACACGCAGCACCGCUUCCACACGCUCACCGCCUGGGAGUGGGUCAAGUGCUUCUUCUGGGCCCUGAUGCCCGCGCGGCCCUUCGUUCUGAUGCCUCUCACCCCGUUCAUGCUCAUCCUGUCCGUGGGCUGCCUGGAGCAGCGCCGCGAGCCCAUGGAGAUCUUCAUGGACCGUGAGAAGUACUGGGAGAACGUCGACGACUACAUGUACG